UGUCUCUCUUGGUGAUCAGUCAGUACAAGAUUUCUCUCACCUGCCACUACUCUUCUCAUCAAGACCACCUUGGUGCUAGACUCCCAAGCUAAGUGUCCAAGUCAACUCAUUGGUGAUGUUAAGUAAUUACAAGCUGCGCCCAUUUGAGAGUCUCGGAGCACGACACCUAACGCGCCAUGGCAACGGAGACCGAGUUCGUAACCGCGCCGUCAACGCCGGAGCCGGCUGAUCCCAUGGCUCCCGUCGUCGCGGAACCACCACCACCAGCCCUUCACGAUACCUUCGAGAUCGUGGUGGAGCAAAGGCUCCGCCAGCACGCCCGCGACGGCGGGAGCAGCUCGCCGAUGACCAUCUUCCGGGUCCCCGCCCAUGUCCGCGACGCCAGCAAGGAGCUGUACGAGCCCCGGCUGGUCUCCGUCGGCCCCUACUACCGCGGACGGGCGGCGCUGCGCGCCAUGGAGCAGCACAAGUGGAGGUACCUGCACGAGCUGCUAGCGGAGUUCCCGGAGGCCUCCUUGGCCGACUGCGUCAGAGCAGUUCGCGGCGUUGAGCACCAGGCGCGGCGCUGCUACAGUGAGCGGACCGACAUCUUCGCCGCUGGUGCCGGCGCCGCCGCCGAGGGGGAGAACUGGCAGCCCCGGCAACAAGGCGAUACGGGCCCCGGCGACGGGUUCGCGGAGAUGUUGCUUCUCGACGGCGGCUUCGUCCUCCAGUUCUUCAUCAAGUGGUACAGACGAGAGCCGGACAAGCUCUGCGACGUCGGCUGGGGGCUCCCCCUGCUGCUCUCCGACCUGCUGCUGCUUGAGAAUCAGAUCCCCUUCUUCGUGCUCGAGGCGCUCUUCGACGCGGUGAACCCCGAGGCGAGUAGGCUGGGUCUCCUCAAGCUGAUCGUUCCCCAUUUCAAACUCGACGACUCGACCUUCUGCAAAGAAGUGCUGGCCGGCGUCGUGCCAACCGAAGCCGGAGAGAUCCACCACCUGCUGCAUCUCUUGUACGAGGCUUUCGUGCCCAGGGCCGAGGAGCUGGCCUCCUCGCCGCCGCCACCGCCGCGGUACGACACCCGGCUCGCCCGGAUGGGGCUCAGGUUCAAGACGGCCGUGUCCAAAAGGUUCGUCUUCGUCCGCGACAUGCCGCGGGUGCCGGGCUGGAGGAGACUGUCCGCGUCCAUGACCCUGCUGCGCAAAGUCAGCGCCUGGUUCGGUAAGGCUCUGAUCGGAGUGAAGACACAGACGGAGGCGGAGCCGCCGGAGCCGGAUGACCGAAGCACGGCGCCACCGCCGCCUAUGGUGGUCCCGUCCGUCACCCAGCUCCGCGAGGCCGGCGUCCGGUUCGAGAUGGCGCCGUCGCCUCGGCACAUGUUUGACGUCACGUUCGACGCGGCGCGGGGCGUUCUGAGGAUGCCGCGGAUGGAGGUGGACUACGCCAACAAGGCGCAGCUCGUGAACCUCGUCGCGUUCGAGCAGACCAUGGGCGGCCUGCAAGGCGGCGGCGGCGGCGGCGCCAGGUUGCUGUCGAGCUACGCGGCGCUGGUGGGCGCCCUGGCGAGGACGGACAGGGACGUGGAGCACCUCCAGGAGCGCGGCGUCGCGGAGAACCUCCUCUCCGGCGACGGCGACGCGGCGACCAGGUUCUUCCAGCAGCUGGGCGGCUGCAGCAGCCUGGACUACGGGGACCACCACUUCGCCGCCAUGUUCAGGGACCUGAGCGGGUACUACCACUCGAGCUGGCGCAGGCACAAGGCCAAGUUCCUGCGCGACCACUGCAGCAGCCCGUGGGCGGUGCUCGCGCUCGUCGUCGCCGGCUGCGCGUUCUGCUUCGCGCUCAUCAAAUUCGGCACAACCAUGUACGGCCUUGCCCAUCCUUACUGCCACUGCUAGUGCUACAUCGACACAUGCAUGUGUCUUGUGUCGUGUAGUAUUGUGCAGACGAGACAAAUUAGUUUUCCUGAUCGCAAAAGAAGUUUACCGAUUGAUCAGUAGCCGUCCUUUUGUAACUAAGUAAUAAGUUGAUUAAAAAUCA